AUGCUGAGCAGGUUGAUGAGCGGCAGCAGCAGGAACCUGGAGCGCGAGUACAGCUGCACCGUGCGGCUCCUGGACGACAGCGAGUACACCUGCACCAUCCAGAGAGAUGCUAAAGGCCAGUACCUGUUUGACCUUCUUUGCCACCACUUGAACUUACUUGAAAAAGACUAUUUUGGAAUCCGUUUUGUGGACCCAGAUAAGCAGAGGCAUUGGUUGGAGUUUACAAAGUCUGUGGUGAAGCAGUUGAGAUCCCAGCCUCCAUUCACCAUGUGUUUCCGAGUGAAGUUUUACCCUGCAGACCCAGCUGCCUUGAGAGAGGAAAUAACUAGGUAUUUAGUCUUCCUUCAGAUCAAAAGGGAUCUCUACCAUGGCCGCCUCCUCUGCAAGACGUCGGAUGCUGCUUUGCUAGCAGCCUAUAUACUUCAAGCCGAGAUUGGUGAUUAUGACCCCGGAAAGCAUCCAGAGGGCUACAGUUCCAAGUUCCAGUUUUUCCCUAAACACUCAGAGAAGCUGGAAAAGAAAAUUGCCGAGAUCCACAAAACUGAACUCAGUGGUCAGACACCAGCAACAUCAGAGUUAAAUUUUUUGAGAAAAGCCCAGACUUUGGAAACCUAUGGAGUUGAUCCUCACCCAUGCAAGGAUGUAUCAGGGAAUGCUGCAUUUCUGGCCUUCACUCCCUUUGGGUUUGUGGUUCUGCAAGGCAACAAGAGAGUUCACUUCAUAAAAUGGAAUGAGGUGACCAAGCUGAAAUUUGAAGGAAAAACUUUCUAUUUAUAUGUAAGUCAGAAAGAGGAAAAGAAAAUUGUUCUUACAUAUUUUGCUCCAACACCAGAAGCCUGCAAGCAUCUCUGGAAAUGUGGAAUAGAAAACCAAGCCUUCUACAAGUUGGAGAAGUCAAGCCAGGUCCGCACCGUCUCCAGCAGCAAUUUAUUCUUCAAAGGGAGCCGGUUCCGAUACAGUGGCCGAGUGGCAAAGGAGGUGAUGGAAUCUAGCGCCAAGAUUAAAAGGGAACCACCAGAAAUACACAGGGCCGGAAUGGUGCCCAGCCGGAGCUGCCCUUCCAUCACCCACGGACCAAGGUUGAGCAGCGUCCCCAGGACCCGCCGAAGAGCUGUUCACAUCUCCAUCAUGGAAGGUCUGGAAUCCCUUCGGGACAGCGCUCACUCAACCCCAGUUCGAUCCACCUCCCAUAGCGACACCUUCCUGCCUCACGUGCGGAGCGGCCGGGCCGACAGUAGCGAGCGGGUGGCAGUGAUAGCAGAUGAGGCCUACAGCCCGGCAGACAGUGUGCUGCCCACACCCGUGGCAGAGCACAGCCUGGAGCUGAUGCUGCUCUCAAGGCAGAUCAAUGGGGCCCCUUGCAGCAUCGAAGAGGAGAAGGAAUCAGAAGCCACCACCCCAACCGCAGCAGAAGUGGAGGCACUAGGGGGCGAGCUGAAGGCCCUGUGUCCAGGCCACAACAGGCCAGAAGCAGAACAGGUGAAUAAGUUUGUUUUAAGUGUCCUCCGUUUGCUCCUUGUGACUGUGGGACUCCUCUUUGUUUUGCUUCUCCUCCUGAUCAUCCUUACUGAGUCUGACCUUGACAUUGCCUUUUUCCGUGAUAUCCGCCAGACCCCUGAAUUUGAACAGUUCCAUUAUCAAUACUUUUAUCCCCUCAGGCGAUGGUUUGCCUGCAAAAUCCGCUCGGUCGUGAGCCUGCUCAUUGACACCUGAGAAGGUAUGACUCCUCCCAUUAACUAGCCAGGUGGACCGAGGAGAUACCUGCU